UGGCAGCAUUGAUACAUUGUAACUGCUAAUGCCAUUUUUGUAUCCCCCCCACCCCCCACCCCGCACCCCACGCCAAUCAUAGGAACCAUUAUCAUCCCUUCCCCUUACCCUACAUUUUUGGUCCCUAUACAUUAAAAAAAAUAUAAAUUUACAUACAUAAAAAAAAGUUUUUUCUUUUUCUAAUAAAAGAUAGAAAUCAUCAAGAAUUGGGAUUUUGUAAUGGAAAUGAAAUGAUAUACAUCAUUCAUUUUCAUGUGCUCUUCUUAACUUCAAUCCCAAUAUAAACAUAUUAUAGCUUUCUAGGGUUUAGAGAAAAGGAGAGAAAGAAAUUUAAAGCUCCCAACUUUAUACACAAAUACUAGAUAUAAAUACAUAUAAUGGGGUCUCUCCUUUUCUCAUUUUUGUAAUUUUUUUUUUUUUUUUUUUGGGAAUUUGUAAAGAUAUUUGCAUGUAUAAGGAAUCAUUUGCUUUAGGGUGUCUUUGACAUAUGGAAUUGCUUUAUCAGAACAAAGAAAAGAAAGAAUAUAUAAAGAGAAUAUGAUUUGAUGUUUAAUGGUUUUUUUUUCUGUUGCUCUUGUUAUUCAAAGUUCUUGCUUGAACUCCUUUUAUAGGUUGUUGUGCCAAAAAAAUCCAAUCUUUUUGAAUUUAUAGGAACAAUAUAUGUGUAUUGUGUGUUAAGGGUUUGUGGGGGUGGUGAAAGAUUUGUUUUUUUGGGUAUUUUUUUGAGGUUCUUGAUUCCACCCUUUUCAUAUUUUGCUGUGAAAAAAUCCCAUCUUUUUGAGUAUAUAAGAAUAUAUGUGGUUUGUUUGAAAGGGGUUUGUGGGGUGGUGAAAGAUUAGUUUUUUUUUGGGUUUUCUCAAGAAUCUUGCUUUUUCACCCUUUCAUAGUUUGCUGUGAAAAAAUCCAAUCUUUUUUGAGUGUGUAGGAAGAAUAUAUGUGUAUUGUUUGAAAGGGGUUUGUGGGGUGGUGAAAGAUUUGUUUUUUUUUUUUUUUUGGUUUUCUUGAGGGUGAAAUGUUGGCAUUGGUUGGGGGAGAAGGUGAAAUGGAGCAAGAAUUUGAUGCUAAGUUAAAGAUUCAGAAUAAUUCAAGUAAUACUCAGAGAUCUAAGAGCUUUGCAUUUAGGGCACCACAAGAGAAUUUUACAAUUCAAGAUUUUGAAUUGGGAAAGAUCUAUGGAGUUGGUUCUUAUUCCAAGGUUGUCAGAGCAAAAAAGAAGGAUACUGCGAAUGUGUUUGCCUUGAAAAUCAUGGACAAAAAGUUCAUCACCAAGGAAAAUAAGACUGCUUAUGUGAAACUAGAGCGUAUUGUACUUGAUCAGUUAGAUCAUCCUGGUGUUAUCCGGCUAUUUUUCACCUUUCAAGACACUUUUUCACUGUACAUGGCGCUCGAGUCUUGUGAAGGUGGAGAGCUUUUUGAUCAAAUAACAAGGAAAGGCCGUUUGUCUGAAGACGAGGCACGCUUUUAUGCAGCUGAAGUUGUAGAUGCUCUUGAAUAUAUACAUAGUAUGGGAUUGAUUCAUCGAGACAUUAAGCCAGAGAACCUACUUCUUACUUCAGAUGGGCAUAUCAAAAUUGCAGACUUUGGCAGUGUAAAGCCAAUGCAGGAUAGCAGAAUAACAGUUCUUCCGAAUGCUACAUCAGAUGACAAAGCCUGUACUUUUGUGGGAACAGCUGCUUAUGUCCCUCCUGAAGUUUUAAAUUCUUCUCCCGCGACUUUUGGAAAUGAUCUUUGGGCUCUUGGCUGCACAUUGUAUCAAAUGCUUUCAGGAACUUCUCCAUUUAAAGAUGCCAGUGAAUGGCUCAUCUUUCAAAGAAUCAUCGCCAGAGAUAUUAGAUUCCCAAAUUAUUUUUCAGAUGAAGCCAGAGAUCUUAUUGAUCAGCUGCUGGAUAUUGACCCUAGCAAAAGACCUGGUGCUGGACCUGAUGGUUAUGCUUCACUGAAAAAUCAUCCGUUUUUUAGUGGGGUUGAUUGGGAGAAUUUGAGGUUACAAACCCCUCCAAGGCUUGCUAUGGAGCCAAAAGCCCCGUCAACUCAAAGUAGUGGUGACGAGCAAGAUCCUUCAUGGAAUCUAACACACAUUGGAGAUGGUUCAGUUAGACCUAACGAUGGAAACGGUGGUGCUGCAUCGACUUCUGAAGCUGGUAGCAUUACCAGGCUCGCAUCAAUCGACUCCUUUGACUCAAAAUGGAAGCAAUUUUUAGAUCCUGGUGAAUCCGUCCUUAUGAUCUCGAUGGUGAAAAAGUUACAGAAGCUUACCAGCAAGAAAGUUCAACUAAUCCUAACAAAUAAGCCGAAGUUGGUUUAUGUAGAUCCCUCAAAGUUGGUGAUCAAAGGGAACAUUAUAUGGUCCGACAAUCCUAACGAUCUUAGCAUUCAAGUCACAAGCCCUUCACAGUUCAAGAUUUGUACACCGAAGAAAGUUAUGUCAUUUGAGGAUGCUAAAAACCGAGCACAGCAGUGGAAAAAGGCGAUUGAAGCUCUCCAGAACCGGUGAUUCUGGUCUUUUUGUUGUUUUGACUACACAUUCUUUGCAAAUGUAAGGAAAUUGUAGAGUGAAUGGAGAUCCAGAAACAGUUGGAUGCUCCAAAAGAAUUUCUUACCAACACUAAAGUUUACAGCUUUACUCAAGUAGAAAUUUUCACCAUAUUUGUUUUCCUUGGAUGAAGCUCACUACUGUUACACAAAUUACAUUUAUUUGUAUGUUUACAGACUUGUAAAGACAAAAGUUUUAAUUGAAAGAACUUGGUAAGCUGAGUUUAUCAGCUGUUUUGCUC